AUGGGGCAAACACCAAACCAAGUUCAAGAGAUCGCGGCUCUUCGCGCUGAUGUCGAACUCCUGCGACGGCAGCUCUCAGAUGUCCAAGACGUCCAAGCCAUCCAAUGGUUACUCAAUCACUACACGGCUCUCCACGAUGAUGCGUGUUUUGAUCUAGCAAAGCGGCUGGAAUGGGAAAACCUUUUUGCCGACGAUGGCAUCGCAGUCUAUCCAUUCGGUCAACAUAAAGGCCGAGCUGGAAAAGGCAGCUGGGCGUUCACUUCCGUCCAAUAUUUUGAGAGAUGUCAGCUGCUUAGCAGCAACUUUGACAUCAGCUUCAGUCCCGACAGGAAAAAGGCACAUGUCCGCACCAACUGCAUCGCACAAUGGUUGAAGAAUAAAGAUAUUCAUCACGACCAUUUUGAUGAAGGUGGCUUUUACAAUUGGAUCCUACGAAAGGAGUCGGACGGCAAAUGGUACAUCGAGCAUGUCAAACUUACAAUCCAGUGGACGUCUGGAGAAGAUCCGACUGGGGUGGGCCCUUCCACACAUGGGACACCGCGCCUCUAA